AUGAGAGGAGCAGAAAGUACCAUAUUGAAUAUGAGCUGUGGUUCAGAUCAACAAUUUAUAUAUCAACGAAUACCACAGGAGGUCUAUAUUGAUGAAGGGAAAAAAAAUGAAGCAGUUCGAUAUUCAAUUCCUGCUACUCAUGUUUAUCAGCAAGGACGAAAUAUAGUUAUUCCAAAUUACUCCACUCCUUCAACAACUCAGUAUACAAGUCUAGAAUGCGUGCCUCAAGGUAAUUCAAUAAAUGUUUCAACAAAUCCAAAAAAUGCAAUAACUACAACAGUGUGCACAGGAAAUAAUAAUCAAAAAAAUAAUCAUUCAUCAUGGACGACAAUAACAAUGGAACAAAAUGACUUUGAACAUGAUAAUCAAAUUAUGGAAAAUAAACCGUUGUACAAUGGCUCAAGGGUGACCAUUAAAUCUUAUCAUAAACACAUUCAUCAUUUUUGUAAUGAUAACAAAUUAGAUAAUGAUCAAAUAACAAAAUUACUUGAAUUAAUUUCUCAUGCUUUACCACGUGAUCAUCAUUUAGCUCAAACAUCACAAAAAUUAUUUGAACUUAUUCAAGAUAAAAUUCGUUGUCCAAAUUGUUGCUGUGAAAUUAAUACUGGAGGAAUUAUUCACGAUCCAUCUACUCGACAACCAUUUACAGCCGUGCAAAAUAAUUCACUUUCAAUUUCGACAACAGCACAAAAUGAUGAAAUACUUCAAACACAAAUGACCUAUCUACAAGAACCAUAUACUGAUGCAAUUCAACAAAAUAAAAAGUUUAAAUCAUCGGUCACAUUUGAACCAGUUGGACACAGUAUGAUAAAUAUCGAACAAUCAAACAAUAAUGAUCAUCAUAUGGAGGAUGUAGCCCAUCUAGAUCCAUCAGCAUCACUUACUACCAGUGAUGCAUUUAAAAUUGGUAUUGAAAAUAAUUAUGCUGUGACAGAACUAUACAAUGUAAUUAGAUUACAGAAUGAAAAAUUAGAAAGAAAUUUAAGAUAUACACAACAUUUACCAGGACAAAUGAAUAAUGCUGUGACGAGUGUCAACAAUUUUCUUCGACUUACAUCAAAACUUACAUCCGUGAAUAAAAUUGAGGAUGAUGAUCCAAAUGUAGAAUUGAUAAUUAAUAACAUUGAUUUAAAAGAUGCUCAAGUCACAAAUUCAUAUACGGGAACUGGUCGUAAUUGUAUUCGACAUGUCUAUGGUGCCGAUGCGUCUGGUCAUCUAUUAAAACAUGGAGAAUUUGAAAUUCUUAUCGAAGCUAUUGCCUAUCUUCAUAAAAUACCAUUUGCCGACGUAUGGUCUAAAGCAGCGACAAUAAAGGAAUCAUUGUUACAAAUGAAAUAUGACAAUAAAAAACAAUCAACUGCAUCUUCGGCAACAUCCACAUCGAAUAAAAGUAAAAUACGUCGAUUAAAACAAGCAACAACCUCGACGGGAGAUAAUUUGGUCGUUAAUUCUGUUCAAGAACUAAUUACAACUGCAUUACCGAUAGCACAAUCAAUUGAACAACAAUCAUCUUGA